AUGCUUACCCGAACCUUUGUUGCAACACUCGCACUUGCUUCCGGUGUUCUCGCUGCGCAAUUGACACAAAUCUCCAACUAUGGCGGUAGCGCGCGAGCAAAGCCAGGCAUGUGGGUGUAUGUGCCUGAUCAGGUCAAGAGCGAUGCGCUAGUCGUAGCGAUCCACUCAUGCCAGUCAUCAGCGCAGAAGUAUUUCCAAAACUCACUGAUUCCAUGGAAGAAAGGGUCGGAUAGCAAAGGCUACGUGACGGUCUGGCCGAGCUCCACGACUGAAUGCUGGGACGUAUCCAGCAGAGCUUCGUUAUCGCAUAAUGGCGGUGGCGAUUCGAAUGCGAUCGCGAACAUGAUCAUCUAUGCAAUCGACAAGUACAAAAUCGACCCCAAGAAAGUGUUCGUUACGGGUGGCUCCUCAGGUGGCAUGAUGAGUAAUGUUCUCGCCGCCACCUAUCCCGAUCUCAUCAGCGCAGUGUCUUUGUACUCGGGUGUACCAGCUGGUUGUUUCGUUUCUGCAUCCGGAGCAGCGGCAGCAUGGAAUAACACCUGCUCUGGCGGGCAGUCCGUCUCGACUGCGCAGCACUGGGGUGACGUAGUUCGGGGGAUGUAUCCCGGGUAUAACGGAACACGACCGCGCAUGCAAUUCUGGCAUGGCUCGGUAGAUGGAACGCUGAGUCCGAAGAACUACGACGAGACGCUGAAGCAGUGGACCAACGUGUUUGGCGUUAGCACCACGCCGACGAGCUCGAAGAAGGAUACGCCAGAGCGCAACUACCGUACUGACGACUUCGGUCCGAGUGUCGAAGGCAUCUGGGCAGUAGGUGUCGGCCAUAGUGUUCCUUCGCAUCUGACCGUAUCGGAAGCCUGGUUUGGUCUAUGA